AUGGGGACAAAUCAUGAUGGUGCUCUUCACCAGUUCGAGGAGGAGCUUCACACAAAGAUCUACCCCGGAACGGAGAUUAUGGCAGAUUUUGGAUCCCAUCAUUUCGUCAAAUCCUCCCUCCAGUCCAAGGAGGUCCUUGUGCCACAACCGUCUAAUGACAAGCAUGACCCUCUCAACUGGAACCGACGUUGGAAGUUCUCCGUCAUGGCGCUUUCGACUACCUUGAGUUUUGCACAGGGUCUAGGACCUCUCGCUCUUGCGCCAAUGUUCGGACAACUCAUCGAGUCGUUUCAUAGUGAUUUAGCUUCGGUAGUGCGGUUUACCGGAGUUUGCAUCCUAGUUCUAGGAUUUAGUAACUUUAUUUGGGUUCCCAUGUCGCAGACAAUCGGUCGACGUCCAGUAGCAAUCUUGUCAUCUCUAAUCUGUCUAGCUUCUAUGGUCUGGAGAGCCAAAGCUACCACAUAUUCGAGCUUCAUGGGUGCUUGUAUUCUGAACGGCAUCGGAGCCGGUCCUUCUGAGUCUCUUCAACCACAAGUCAUUGCAGACACUCAAUUUCUCCAUGACCGAGGAGCAUACAAUACGCUCUAUUUCACAUUUUAUUUCGGGUCAUUGAUGGUCGGCCCAAUAAUCUCAGGUCCAAUGGCUUAUCAUGUAGGAAUGCAGAAUUUCUGGUGGCUCAAUGUCGCUUUAUUCGCGGUUCUGAUCGUCCUUAUGAUUUUCUUUUUCCCCGAAACCAAAUGGCAUCGAGAGCAACCGCUAGAAACGGAUACUGUGACUCCCGCCCCAGCAGAACAACUACAAACACCUUCCAAUCCAAAGGACGCGAUAGCCCAACCCACCGAAAUUGAAAGCACCAAGAACGAAGCCGAUCCCGUGGAUGAAUGGUUACAUCGCGGUUCCCCAUCCAAGUCUCAAUUUCGUUUCUGGAAACUCUCCCCAGAACCUGUGAAGACGAUGGCCAUCACCUUAUGGAUUCCCUGGAAAUUGCAUUUCUUCCCCAUCGUCGAAUUUGCGGCUUUUGUGGUUUCAUGGUCUGCCUCGGUGUUUUUGACGGUGAAUUUGACUCAAAGUCAAGUAUUUGCUGCGCCACCAUAUAAUUGGUCCAGUCAGUCUAUUGGUUUCACCAACUUUGCGACGUUUAUUGGUGCACUCAUUGGUUUGGCGACGAAUGGACCUUUAUCGGAUUGGGUUUCCAUGCGCGCGACACGUAAGAAUAACGGCGUUCGUGAACCUGAGAUGCGUCUGCCUGCUAUGAUUCCGUAUGUGCUCAUUGCGAUUCUGGGUAACUUUAUCGUUGCUUUCGGAUAUCAAAAUAGCUGGGAUUGGAGGACCAUUGUUAUCAUCGGCUACACAUGUUCCGGUAUCCAAGUCGCUGCCCUUCCCGCCAUCGCUAGCACCUAUGCUGUCGAUAGUUACAAACCUAUCGCCGGGUCUCUCUUCGUCAACAUCACAAUAAACAAGAAUCUGUGGGGUUACGGUUUCAGUGAGUUCAUCACCAACUGGAUUGAUAUGAGCGGAUAUGUUUCGCCAAUCAUGAUGAAUAUGUGUCUACAUGCCUUGUGGUGUUCAUUUGGAAUCGUGUUUUAUUUCUGGGGGAAGCAUUGCAGGAAGUGGACUGCAAAGUCGAAUGUGCACCAGUUGAGUGACCUUUGA